GUUGAACGCAGAGAAAGGAUGAGCGAGGAGCUGAGCAAGGACUACCGCAUCGGAGACGAGAUCGGUCGCGGCCGCUUCGGAGUCGUCUACCGCUGCUACUCGCCGGAUUCUGGCGAGAUCUACGCCGUCAAGUCCAUCGACAAGUCUGUGCUCGCCGACGACUUUGAUUUUGAGUGCGCGGUACGGGAGGCCAAGAUUUUGCGGCUUGCUUCCGCUGGAAACCCUCACGUCGUUCAGAUCCACGCGGUAUACGAGGACGAGGCUGCGAUUCACCUUGUGAUGGAUCUCUGCGAGGGUGGAGAUCUCUUUGAUCGGAUUGCGGCAUGUGAUGGAGCGCCGAUGAUGGAGGCGGAUGCGGUGGUUGUGAUGGCGGCGCUUAUGGAAGCGUUGGCGAUUUGUCAUCGGAGGGGAGUUGCACACCGGGACGUGAAGCCGGAUAACGUGCUGUUCGAUGGUGAGGGGAGGCUGAGGUUGGCGGACUUUGGAUCGGCCGAUUGCUUCGGGGAUGGAAGGCCGAUGAUGGGGUUGGUCGGAACUCCGUACUAUGUUGCGCCGGAAGUGGUGGCUGGGAAGGAUUAUGGAGAGAAGGUCGAUGUGUGGAGCGCUGGCGUAGUUCUCUACAUAAUGCUGGGUGGAAUCCCGCCGUUCUACGGCGAGACGGCGACGGAGAUCUUUGAAGCUGUGAUGCGGGGAAAUCUCCGAUUUCCGACUAGGGUUUUCGGCGGGGUUUCGCCGUUGGCUAAGGACUUGAUUCGCCGGAUGCUCUGUAAGGACGUUUCCCGCCGCUUCUCCGCCGAGCAAGUUCUCAGGCAUCCAUGGAUUACAAGUGGUGUGGAGACGAGAUGCGUUGCGGAUCAAACCUGAAGGUGGAGAAUCAGGCAGAGAUAAAAGAUGAGAUGAAGAUAAACAAGAAGAGGAAGAUGACUAUGGAAAAAUCCAAAUUAACUAAGAAUCCCUUCGAUGUAAACAUGCUUCACGCUAGCCCCUGCAUGCAGGUGCAGCAACAUAGCUUUGCUUUCUUUCUUCUUCUUUUUUUCUGUUUUGGCUCCUUGGUCGUUACUCGUUUGGUUGUAGAUAAAGUAGUGUAAUUACGAGUAUCGUUUUGGUCUAAACCUCUGUAAAACCCUACUUUCUAGUGGUCUUGUAUCCGUAAAACGGAUUAUCUUGUGAAUAAGAUACAGAGUUUCCUUUGUUUUGUUCGUCUUUGUAACUGAAAUUUCAAAGACUGCAGUUUGGCUGAAUCUAAGAAUAUACUUCAGUUAUGCUCUA